AUGAAAACGAAAGCGAAAACGGCGAGGCGGGCGGUGUAUCCGCGAAUGGAGCGGAGAGCGAGCCUCAGCGCGCGAGCGAGCACAUCUCACCGCCAAGGUUACGUAGUAGGGCGGCGACCGGCGUGCGGCGAGACGGCUUAUGACGUCACGGGCGCCGGAAACGAUUGUCCGCUUCAUAGUUACGGUUACAUUUUGAGUUUAGAAGAAAGUGCUUUGACGCGCGUGGCCUAG